AUGGCCACGAGAACCCAGUUUGAGAACCUGAACGAAGUCGGGGUGUUCCUGAAACUCACCAACCUGUACUGUCUUGUCGCCGUCGGCGGGUCGGAAAACUUCUACUCGGCGUUCGAGGCCGAGUUGGGCGACGCCAUCCCCAUCGUCCACACCACCAUCGCCGGCACCCGUAUCGUCGGCAGAAUGACCGCCGGCAACCGCAGAGGGUUGUUGGUGCCCACCCAAACUACCGACCAAGAGUUAAUGCACUUGCGUAACUCGCUCCCCGAUCUGGUCAAGAUCCAAAGAGUCGAAGAAAGAUUAUCUGCUCUUGGUAACGUCAUCUGCUGCAACGACUACGUCGCCUUGGUCCACCCGGACAUCGAAAGAGACACCGAGGAAUUGAUCGCCGACGUGUUGGGCGUCGAAGUGUUCCGCCUGACCAUCGGCGGCGAGGUGCUUGUCGGUUCGUACUGCUCGUUGCUGAACCAGGGCGGGAUCGUCGCCCCUCACACGCUGAUCCAGGAACAAGAAGAAUUGUCGCUGUUGUUACAAGUGCCCAUUGUUGCCGGUACCGUCAACAGAGGGUCCAAGGUCGUCGGUGGUGGCCUCGUUGUCAACGACUGGUUGGCGGUGGCCGGGCUCGACACCACCGCCCCGGAGUUGUCGGUGGUGGAACUGAUCUUCCGCUUGCACGACGCCCAGCCGGAGGCGAUCCAGACCAGUUUGCGCGACACCCUCAUCGAGACCUACUCGUAG